GACGGCGGCCAGUGCCGCUACGACUACGACGACGACGAUCACACCGGCACACCGCCACCCCGAGCGUGGACGGGACACGGGAGGGAGAAUCUGGCAGGAAGAACCAAAGAUAACAUAGAGAGGGACACGCACGCAAGUGCCUUCCGGAAUCCGGGGAGGAGCAAUAAUAGCAGCGAGCCCACCCGCCACCCUCUCUCCGCGGCUCGUUCGAGAUUCCUUCCCUCCCCAGGCCGACUCCCCGUCGUCCCCCUCCAUUUAUUCGCUCCGCCGUCGCUGCCCCCACGGAAUCAAGAACCUUCAUUUAUUGCCCAGCCGGCCAGCCGGAUCUCGCGGAGUGGUGCUCGAGCGAGACAGAGGCAGGGAGGAUCGGCAGCCCGGCCGGGAAGGAGGAGGAGGAGGAUGCUGGAGGGGAAGGCGCGGGUGCAGGACACGGACAUGCCGGCGCGGAUGCAGGCGGCGGCGACCUCGGCGGCCUCCCGCGCGCUCGACCUCUUCGACGUCGCCGACUGCCGCGCCAUCGCCGGCCACAUCAAGACGGAGUUCGACAAGCGGUACGGCGUCGGGUGGCAGUGCGUGGUGGGCGCCAACUUCGGGUGCUUCUUCACCCACACCAGCGGCACCUUCAUCUACUUCUCCCUCGAGCGCCUCUCCUUCCUGCUCUUCAAGGCCGCCGCUGCAUCAUCCUGAAUGGAUGGAUGGAUAGAUAGUCUCCUCAGGCUCCCAUCGUCGCCCGGCGCCGCCGCACGGCCGCCGCCGCAGCAGCCGUUGCUGUUCUCGAUGCCCGCCGGCGACGGAUUGCAGGCCCCGCGCGGCAGGAGGCGUGGUCCUCCACAGACCGUGCGCUGCUGCAUCACUGUACGCCCAAAGCUCGAUUAUGUCCACACUGGUACAUAGAUCACUCAGAACCACUCUCGUUUCUGGAAUGUAGCCUCAGCCUUCCAUGUUCUUCAUUUCUCGUCGACUCCAUCCAGGAUGGGCCUGAUCGCUUGGUUUCCUGCCUGAUUUGACAUUUUUCUUUGUUCGCAGCAUUCUCCCUCGAUUCAGCGAAGAGAAAAGAAAAUAUCUUUGGAUAUUAUUUUUUGAGUAAAAAAGUCUUUGGAUAUUGAUUCCUGACAUGACAGCAUUUUGUCAGUCAGGUCAGUAGUGACACCUAUCCUGCCUCUUUUCCUGCUGCUAAAGCGACAAACGGGCCCCAUAACGGGGGUCUUUCAUUUGGUUUUCUCUUCUGAUGGAGAGUGGCCGCCGCGAAAGCGAGAGGAGAACCUCUGCGUCAUCGCCACCGCUACCGGCGACGUGCCGACGAAAGCAACUUCCUUUGGGCGUCGUGGCUAUCCUCUUGAAGCUGAAGCUUCAACCACUGCUGGAACCAACUAGUAAC